GACCACAUGACAUCUACUCAUGGUGAUUCUGUUGAUUUCGUGAGCGCCAUGUUAAAUGACACAGUGUAAUUGAAAGCUUCCAUUACAGCAGUGUGGGUAUAAAACUCGCGUGCUUGCAAGAGCUGUGCAUUCGAAGAUCAGCAAGUAUUGAAAGGAAACGUGAACUCUCCGAUUCAUUUGUUGCCUCACUCAGUCUACCCGAGAAGUAUAUAUACGUAUCGUGAGCGGUCCGUCGCAAUACUUCGAUCAUUGAGCCUGACCUUUUCUGAAAGUGCAGAAUGGCUUUAGUUGUAAAAGCGUUCCUGGAGAAGAAUAAUGACGUGAAAGGAGAGAUUCGUCGUUUUCAGGUUGAGGCUGACAGUCCAGACAUUUAUCAAGAUCUGGUAAGAAAAGUUGGAGAAAUCUUUGCACUUGCCCCAGGAAGUUUUCAGCUCUUUUGGCAAGAUUCUGAUGGAGAUUUUGUGACAUUUUCAUCGAAAGAUGAGCUGAAGGAAGCAGUCGCUUGUUCUGCAGAUGGUGUUCUUCGUCUUUUUGUAAAACCGCGUGAAUCCUGUGGGAAUAAUAGCCAAGCUUCUGCUGAACAAAACACUGAUGAGAAAUCUGAGAGAGAAAAGGUUUUCCAUCCGGGAGUCGUGUGUGAUGGUUGUGAAGGGGCAAUUUUCGGGCCACGUUUUAAAUGUGUCAUCUGCCCUGACUAUGACUUGUGCUCUAAAUGUGAGCAAAAGGGAACUCAUCCAGAACAUGACAAGUUCAAGAUCACCCAUCCUCUGACAGCUGGUGGUCCAGGGUGGCAUGAGAAUCCUGGAAACAAAUGCCCAGCUGAUGGUUCUGCAGAAUGCUCUGGUCCUUCAACUAGUGAAAAUGCUCAGCAAGACAAAAGUACACUUGAUGAUGAUUACCUGAAGAACAUUGGUGAAGGAGUAGCAGCCUUCUUGGAUCCAUUUGGUAUUGAUGUGACCUAUGAAGUCCACCAUGAAGAAAACCAGAGGGGAGGCCGAAUGGGCUUCCACGGCAAACGUGGAGCUCAGUGCCCUUUUAAGUGGAGUAUGUUCAGUAAUGGCUCUGGUACGUCUGGAAGCAGUCAGUCCAGUGAAGAUCAGAAAGAGAAUUUUCCAAAUAAACCAGCUGAAGCUGCAGGAAAAAGUGAAGAAGAGACAUCUGCACCAGCAGCAGAAGAGGAAGGGGCAACUGGAGAGAAAUCAGCUAUGUCUACAUCACCAGCUGAUCCUCAGAAAAAGGAGGGAUCACCUAGUUCUGGGGAUGAGGACUGGACCAUGCUGACAGAGAGGGACACCACCACAGGCGAGAGAUCUGGGCCAAGAGAUAGUGGUCUCUAUCCAAACCUUCAGGUGACACAAGCAGUGGAGAUGAUGAAGUCUAUGGGUUUUAAUGAUGACGGUGGCUGGCUUACUCGUCUACUGGAAAGCACUGGUGGAGACAUUGUUCGGGCUCUUGACACGCUCAGGCUUGGAGCACAACAGGCCUCUAGUCUGUCUUAAGUGAAGAGUUUACACAGAAUAAAGGCUUUAUCCUUAAUUCAAGAGAUAAGCUGUGCCACAGAAUAAUUUACUUCAGAAUUAAAUUUAUAUUCCAGAACUUUCUUGGUGUUUUUAACAUUUACACUUUCAUUUUCCACCACUAGACUGUACUGGGUUCUUUUCAGUGAAUGCCGUGAUAUGAUAUUAGAACUAAAAGAAAUUUUUUAAACAAAAAAUUAAUGUAAGAAAUGUGUUACUGUAUUUUACAAAAACAUUUUUCUGUGAGAUAUUAAAAAAUUGUUUUAAGGUUUGUGUUAAUGUUAAUAUUAGUACUUUUAGGUCUUUUGUGCAAACAAGAUGAAAGCAUAGAUGAAAUGUCUAAAUUCGAACUUCUGGAAUUUUUCAUGUUAUAGAUUUCAUUGCUAAUGAUAUGUGCUUCCCCUUGAAACGUAUUUAAAGGAAAUUAAUGAUAUGUAAACAGAUUCUUGGGAAUUUCUUAUUGAUAUCAUGCACAUAAAACAAUCACUGUUAUUUGUGUAAUUGAAGACUUUGAAGUUUUUCUUUGUAUUCUGUGUUCAAUAACAUGACCUUGAAAUUUAUUAUUGUUUAUGUUAAUUUGUGUCUGUUAAUGGUUAUUCAAUCAUUUUAUGGUGAUCUUUUUUUUUUAUUACUCUUGAUCUUGAAGGAGUUUGGUUCUUCUAGCAAUGGGAAUUUGUAAAAUAACAAAAGCAAGAUAUUGUCAGUAAAUUGUUUUGACGAUGGGUACCUUCAAACAAAGUACAUUAUUUUGCAUUAUUUAUAAACUUUUUAAUUAAUACAUUUGGCUUUCUUUGAGAAAAAAGAAUAUGAUUGGAACUUGCAGUUUUUGUAAAUAUUUUUUAGUAAUACACUAAUAAAUCUGCAGAAACAAAUUGUAAA